UUAAUGAACUAGCUAGAGAAAGUGAAUCUGCAAUUUACCAGAAACCGAAAAUGACAGGUCGCGCACGAGCAAGAUCUAGAGGCAGAGCACGCGGUCAAGAGACCGGGGCUCCCGGAGUGACUUCCCAGGAACCAGCUCCCCCUCAGUCUGAGGGGGACCUCGUGGGCCGCGGAAGACAGAAAACGGCUCCGGGAGUGGCAGCCGCUGAAGCUGUCCUCCAGAUAUCUGCAGGCUUCCAGCAGGUGAAGAUUGGAGAGCGAGGAGGACGUCGCAGGGAUUUCCACGAUGCAGGAAUCUUCACCAGGCAGGCCAUGGAACAUGUCAAGGAAUCCAAGACUGGUACGUCUGGCUCCCCCAUUGAACUGAAGGCCAACUUUUUCCGCAUCCUAUCCCGGCCCCAGUGGGUGCUGUACCAGUACCACGUUGACUUCAAGCCCCCCAUGGAGUCCAGGCGCCUGCGCUCCGCCCUCCUGUUCCACCACUCGGAGACCCUGGGCAUGGCUCGCACCUUCGACGGAGCCCUCCUCUUCCUGCCUCAGAGGCUGCCCAACCCGGAGACAGUGCUGCACAGUGAAACCAGACACGGAGAGAAGGUCCAGAUCACCGUCACCCUGACCAACGAGCUUCCCCCCACCUCCCCAGUGUGCCUGCAGUUUUACAACAUCAUCUUCAGACGGGUUCUGAGGAUGCUGAACAUGCAGCAGAUAGGCCGUCACUACUACAACCCUGAUGACCCGCUCAACAUCCCCCAGCACAGGCUGACCAUCUGGCCUGGCUUCACCACCACCAUCCUGCAGUAUGAGUCGAGCAUCAUGCUGUGCACGGACGUGAGCCACAAGGUGCUGCGCAGUGAGACGGUGCUGUCAGUCAUGGCCGGUAUGAGGCAGCAGUGUGGGGAGCAGCGCUUCGCCGAGGCCUGCACCAAGGAGCUGGUGGGCCUCAUCGUGCUCACCAAGUACAACAACAAGACUUAUCGGAUAGAUGACAUUGCCUGGGACCACACGCCCAACAACACGUUCAAGAGAGGAGACGCGGACAUUUCCUUCAAGAACUACUACAAGACCCAAUACGGUCUGGACAUCGUCGACAGCAACCAGGUGCUUCUGAUCAGCCACGUGAAGAAGCUGGGUCCUGCUGGAGCCCCGCCCCCCGGACCAGCCUUGCUGGUGCCUGAACUCUGCUACCUCACAGGCCUGACUGACAGGAUGCGUAGCGACUUCAACAUCAUGAAGGACCUGUCGUCUCACACCAGACUGACCCCGGAGCAGAGAGAGAGCCGGCUCACCCGCUUCGUCAACAACAUCCACAAGAACACCGAAGCAGAGAAGGAGAUGAGUACGUGGGGGCUGAACUUUGACAACAAGCUGCUGAACCUCACCGGCAGAGUCCUCCCAGCAGAGAGAAUCAUCCAGGGCAACAGAUCGUUUGAUUAUAACCCCUGGGCGGCAGACUGGACCAAGGAGAUGAGGGGCCUGCCCCUGAUCAGCUCCCGGCCCCUGGACAAAUGGUGCAUCUUCUUCACCCGCCGCAACUCAGGCGAGGCCCAGGCUCUCCUGCAGACGCUCAACAAGGUGUCCCAGCCUCUAGGCAUCCGCAUACAGAGGCCUGAGAUGGUGGAGUAUGAGGAUCGUCAGGAGGCUCUGCUCAGGGCUCUGCAGCAGCAGGUCCAUCCAGACACCCAGAUGGCGGUGGUGGUGUUGCCCAGCAACAGGAAGGACAAGUACGACAGUGUGAAGAAGUACCUGUGUGUGGACUGCCCCACGCCCAGCCAGUGUGUGGUGUCCCGCACCCUCAGCAAGCCCCAGGCCCUCAUGACGGUGGCCACCAAGAUCGCCAUGCAGAUGAACUGCAAGAUGGGAGGAGAGCUGUGGAGCGUGGAGAUCCCGUUGAAGCAGUUGAUGAUCGUGGGGAUCGACUGCUACCACGACACGUCGGCAGGGAAGAGGUCCAUCGGGGCUCUGGUGGCCAGUCUGAACCAGGGCAUGUCCAGGUGGUUCUCCAAGUGUGCGCUGCAGAACCGGGGCCAGGAGAUCAUGGAUGGGCUGAAGGUGGCUCUGCAAGGUGCUCUGAAGUCCUGGCUGAAGUACAACAACUGCCUGCCGUCCCGCAUCAUCGUGUACCGAGACGGCGUGGGGGACGGUAUGCUGCAGAGCGUGGUCAACUACGAGGUGCCCCAGAUCAUGGAGUCCAUCAAGACCAUGGGCCAAGACUACGCCCCCAAGCUGACCGUGGUGGUGGUGAAGAAGCGUAUCAGCUCCAGGUUCUUCGCCCGCAUCGAUGGCAAGCUAGCCAAUCCCCCCCCUGGCACCGUCAUCGACACAGAGGUCACUCGCCCCGAAUGGUAUGACUUCUUCAUCGUGAGCCAGGCGGUGCGCAUGGGCAGCGUGUCGCCCACCCACUACAACGUGGUGUACGACAGCAGCGGCCUCAAGCCUGAUCACAUGCAGAGGCUCACCUACAAGCUCUGCCACAUGUACUACAACUGGCAGGGCAUCAUUCGUGUCCCUGCCCCUUGCCAGUAUGCCCACAAGUUGGCCUUCCUGGUGGGGCAGAGCAUCCACAAACAGCCUGACUCGAACCUGGAUGACUUCCUCUACUACCUGUGAGACGAGCGCAGCUACCCUGCUGGGAGGCUAGAUCACUUCUGUUUUUGAGAGAACAUUUAGUUUCCAUAAAAGUGUUGUUUUAAUAUUGCUUGUUUACA